AUGGCUUCUUCAUCUUCAACCAUACAACUUCAUGAUAGAGCAUCAAUCAGAAAGGCUAAUAUAAAAAAUGCUAAAGAAAAAUACCUGACCAAAUUCAUGCAAAUACUCCCAGAAAUUCAAACAUCUGAAAAAGCUGAAGAAUUAAAAGACAAAAUUAAAGAAGAAAUUAAUACCUAUCUAGAGUAUCAAAUAGAAGUAGAAACUGAAAGUGGAUAUGAAUUUGGUACUCAACCAAUAGAUAUUGAUAAAUUAUAUCUAGUUAAUAUCCCAAAAUAG